UAUUGAGAAAGUUAAUUCCUUGAAAUUGGGAUACUAAUUUUUACUUUUUCUUUCAAAUCAAUAGAUGUUGAGUUAAACAUUAAAGUUUAUGUUGAACAACUUAAUCUAGGAACAACAGAUUUAAGAAGAGUCCUGGACAGAAUUGCAACGAAUUACCUCCAGACUUCACCACCACAGUCUAGGGAAGAGUUCUUUAGGUUUCUGGAGUACAUGGAAGCAGUGAGGCUGAUCAUCUCAGGUCAUGAAGAAAGACCUUCAAGCCCAUCUGUUAUGUCCACCACUGGUCCUGAAAUAGAACUGGAAGAAAUACCUAAAAUUGCAACACUUCAAGAAAGAAAAGAAAGACCUUCAAGCCCAUCUGUUAUGUCCACCACUGGUCCUGAAAGAGAACUGGAAGAAAUACCUAAAAUUGUGAAACUUCAAGAAAGAAAAGAGUCAUUGUGGAAUAACAAGGUCAUGGUAAGUAGAAGCAAGAUUUCCAAAGAAGGAGGAAUACAAAUGGUCCAAAAUGUCCCAUCGCGCCUGAUUAUUCCUUCCAAAGCUCUACGAACACCUACAGAGGUCACAUGUUCGAUAUGGCAUCCACACAUUCUAUCACCACCCCUUGGGAGAAAUGAGGCCUUGGUAAGCAGUGUGAUAGAACUAGCUUGUGGAAGCCUAUCGAGUACAAAGAAAAGUUACAAGUUUAAUGAGAAAGUGAAGUUGGCUUUAUCCCACAGUGCUAGUGAUAUUAAAGGAUACGAAUUGGUGAUCAAAGAAUUGAUCAAUGAGAAGACCAAUGAUUGGAGAGACUUGGAAACGAAAUGGGCUUGGAAACCGUCAGGUGGAGGAUUUUUUGUUAUUUAUAUAAUGAUGUUUUCGUAUAGCCAUUCUUUCUUUGUUUUACCUCUUUCGUAAAAAAGGCAGUAAAACAACACAUCCUCAAACUAUCCUGUAAGUAAAACUGAAGGGAAAGUCCCAUUAAGUGCUUUAGUUGGCAUUAAAAAGUGGGUAUUAACAGAUCUAUUUUUCCUCAGGGAGUAUCUUAGUUGAAGAGCUUCCUUACCCUUUUGUGUGCCUCUAUGUUUAGGCUGAAAAUGGUACACCUUUCUGUUAGAUGUUAGAUUGGAUUGUUCUGCACGUCUUUCGCCCUUUGCACCAAACUACCGAAAACUUUUACAGUAUAACAUGAGACUUUCUUGCAAACUUUAUAAUUGAUUAAAGUAGCUCAUUCUCAUUUCAUUUUUUUCUUGUGCGAUCGUCCAAUUACCACUUCAGAUGUUUCACUUCUUCGAAUUAACAAAUCGACAGUGGUUAGUGGUCUUUACUCUUAUCAACAAUGAUAUCGGUCAUCACAGUGGUCAAAAU